AUGCUCAUGCUAUCGUUCCACAACGCCACCUUCGUCACCGACUACACCCCGGAUUCGUCGGCUGAGGACCUGGCGCGCGCUGUGGCCAGCGCGGGGGGCCUCUUGGUCAAGAAGCUCAUUGCGCUGCGGCGGCUGCGGCUGCCCCUGUUCUACGACAACACCGCCUGGGUGCUGCCGGCCGGCUCCCUGACCCACCUGAUGGUCACCAUCCCCUUCUGGACGAGCGAGCUGUGGCUCGGCAACGAGUGGCUGGGCGCCAACAGCGUGCCGCUGGUCAUGGCCUCCCUGUUUGUCAUGCUGUCGGGGGCCUACCUGGAAUGGCUCGUCGCGCUGAUGUCGCAGGGAGAGCCCGAGCUCAGCGCAGCCCAGCGCUCGGCGCUCGCGGCGGCCGCCGUGGAGAUGCAGGCGCAGGCCGCCGCCCUCUCGAAAAGCUGGCGCCCCAAGGUGCCUCGCCACCCGCUCGCGCCCGAGGCCGCCGACGCGUCGGACGGCGACGCCGACGGCGACGGCGGCCCGCCCCCCGAGCCGCAGUCCUCCGCGGUCUGCGCGCGCUGCGGCGUCGCCGGCUGCUGCUCGGCCUGCUCGGACUGCCUUCGCUUCCUCGUCGCGCCGCCGCACGCGCGCUGCGUGCCGCGGGGGCCGUCCUACUUCUACGGCUGCGGCCUCGGUUUCACGCCCGUGCGCGCAGAGAGGGACGCCGCUAAGGCAGACUCUGGGAGCGUCGAUUACUGGCGGCAGCUGGGCCGCAUGGCGCUGUGGCAGCUGGGCGUGUGGCUGUUUGGGCUGCUGAUCGUGGCGAUGAUCACUGUGGCUAGGUCGCAGGCGAGGGCGGACAGCAUACAGGAGUACCUUCUGAUCGUUUGGGGCGCGCGCAUCCCCCUGCUGUGCUACACCUUGAUGGCUGUCGGGUACGCCCUGUACCUGGUGGUGGGGUUCAACUUCAUCAUGGGCAACGCGGUCCGCAUGAAGCAGGUGGUUGUCUCCAUGGCCACAGCCCAGGCCACCGCCUGCAUCCUGCUCGCCACGUUGGGCGCCAAGGUGCCGCGGUCCAACGAAUUCAUGCCGGCGGUGGCUGUCAUGCUGGCGGGGGGCCUGUACCUCGCCCUCACGCUGACGAGGCAGAUCUCGGCCGCCCUGACGCAGCUCCGCAAGAAGCUCAACAGGAGCGGCCCCCUCAUCUCCCUGUCCGGCUGCCACCGCCUCCUGGGCACCUGCGCCGGCCAGUCGGCGCUGUCAAACACGCUGGUCAACCGCUGCGAGGCCGCGGCGGCCGCCUACCGCAUGCGCAACGACGCGCCGGCGCCGCCUGUCAGGGUCGACCCCGGGGACGCACUGGGCAAGGAGCUGCUGCAGCUGCUGGAGUCCCGACGCGCCGCGCUCGCCGCCGCCGCAGAGGCGGCCGCGGCGGCGCCGCCGGCCGUGCGCCGCAAGUCGCUCGACGCGCCGCGGCGGGCGGGCGGCGGCGGGGACGACAGGAAGGGGUCGGGCAAGGCGCAGGGCGGCAAGGUGUCGCGCGGGGCUGAGCUGUACGCGGCCGCGUACCCAGAGGCGGAGCAGCUCCUGGGCGCGACGAUCCAGGGGCUGAAGAGCGGCCGCAUACGGCUUUGGGUGGUGCCGUUCAGGGCGCUCAACCCUGAGGGGUGCCCGCCUCAGUUCUUCGCCCUGGGUAUGGCUGGCCCCGCGCAGUCCAAGGCGCGCGGCGCGCCUCGGACGCUCGACGUGUACGCGGCCGUGGACCCCCCCAAGGGCUCCUGGGCGUCCGAGGUCCACUCAACGGGCCACCUGGCCGGCGGCGUGCCCAGUGACGAGCUGGCCAGCAUAGCGGAGGCGCUGGUGCACGAGAGCUUUGAGGCGGACGCGCGGUGGCGGCUGGCGGCCUCUGGGGCCAGCCUGGGGCACCUGGAUGCGUGCGUCUCUGAGGCCGCCCUGUCUGGCUUCACCAAGCUGCCCGCCCGCGUGCGGCGCGAGCUGUCAGGCCUGCCCCGGAAGGUCACGGACGGCAUGGCGCGCCGCACGCCGUCCAGCAUCGUCUGCGGCGCCGCGCGGCUGCUGGCGGCGGCGCCGCUCGCGUCGGGAGGCGUGCCGGUUGCGAAGCGGGGGUUUGAUGUGUUGGAGGGCGUCGAUGGGCGGCUGGUCGACCACGCCUGGGAUUACAUAAGCCCCCAGGCGCGCACCGCCCUCGUACACAUGUGCCAGAACGCGUCCGCCGCCGCAUCCGGCGGCGGCGGCGGCGGCAUGGGCGGCAGGGACCGGGCCGGCCGCCUGCGAGGCGGCAGCAGCGGCACGGGCAGCGCGGAGGACCGCGGCGGCAGCAGCAGCCGCGGCACCGCUCUCCAGGCGUACCCGGGCGGCAGCGGCUUCCUCGGCCGCGCGGCCCGCACCGGCGCGGGCUGCUGGCCCGGCGCCGCCGCCGCCGCCGGCCGCGGGGGCGGCAGCAGCCGCGGGACGACCGGGCACGGCGGCGCGCUGCUCGGCGCGGGCAUGGGCGGGAUGGCGAUGGGGGACGGGCAGGCGGUGGCGGACGCGAGCUUCUGCCUGCUCACCGCCUUUGAAUUGCAGCAGUUGGGCCAGCAGGUCACGUUUGGCGCAAAGGAGGAGGUGCCUGGCGGUGGCGGCGGCGGCGGCUGGCCCGGCAGCGCCGCGACUUUCAGCGGCGGCGGCGGCAGCGGCAGCGGCGGGAGCUCGGCGUUCGCGGGGGCGGCCGCCGCGCCGCCAGGCGCGGCCGGGAGGGUGAGUUCGGCGCAGCCGCGGCAAGGGGAGCUCGGGGCAGGCGCGGCCACCUCGCCACCCGCUUCGGCGGCGGCGGCGGCGCCGGCUCCAGCGCCGGCCGCGGAGGCGCCUGCUUGGCUGCUUGCUAUGGCGGAGGAGGGCGAGGAAGAGGACGGGGCCGACGGCGCCGCCGCCGGCGCGGCGCCGCCGCCGCCACCGCGGCAGUUUUGGGAUGGCGGCCGCCUCACGGGGCGGUUUCUCGCAGGGCCGCCCGACGAGUCGCGGGCGUCGGCUGUGGCGGUGGAAGGGGAGGAUUACGUGUAUGCUGACGUCAGCGAGCGGGCGACCGCGACGGCAGGCAAUGUAGUCGUGAUCGACCAGCAGCAGCAGCAACAGCAGCAGCAGCAACAACAGCAGCAGCACGUGGCCGGCGCCGGCGGCGCCCACGGCCGCGCGAGCAACCUGAUGCGCAUCGACGCGGUCAUUGGCGCCGACGCAGCGGCGUCGGACCGCUCCGCCGCCGCCGGCGCGCUGCGCGGCGGCGGCGCGCGCGGGGGCGGGGCCGGUGGGGCCGGCGGAGGCCGCGCGUCGUCGCAGACGGGCGCAAAUUCGGAGUCGGCAAAGAUCGUUGUUCUGGACCACCCCAGCCGCCGCCCCGCCGCAUCCCCGCGGGACGGGCGGGCCCAGUUGGACCAACGAGGCCCCCUGCAGCUGCAGCAGCCGCAGCAGCCGCCUGUGCGCCGCAGCAACCUCGACCGCAUCAACGCCGUCAUCCAAGGCGACCCGCCGGCGCCGGCGCCGGCGCCGCCGGCGCCGGCGCCCUUCGGCGACCGGCCGUCGCUGCCGUCGGUGAACGCCACGGGCGCGACGGACGGCUCGCUACCGAUGGUGGUCCUGCCCGCGGGCCACGCCGGCGGGGGCUUCUGGCGCCCGUCCGAGGCUGCGCCGAUACCCUCGGCCGCGCGCCGCGGGCGGCUGGUCGCCGUCGGCUCGCUGACCGAGGAGUCCGCGCACGGCUGGCAGCGGCGGGGGCCGCCGCACCAGGGGCCGACGCAGCCGUCCCCGCCCGGGCGGCGCGGCGCGCUGCUGCUGCCGUCGCACGAGGCGGGGGCGAGCUCAGAAUACGCGCUCAGCGGCGACGCGAGCGGCGCAGGCGGGCACGCGGCGCUGCGCGCCAACAUGGGGAGCCUGGGCUCGGAGGGCGGACAGUUCUGGGCCCCGAUGCAGCUGAACGCGAGGGGCGGCGCCGCCGGCGCCGCGGCGGCGGCGGCGUCCGCGGCUGCAGCGGACGGCGAUGAGGAAGACUGGGAGAUGGUGGCGGCCGCGGCGGUGGGGGCGGCGCCGCAAGGCGGGCCCGGGCCGAUGGGGGAGGGGGUGGAGGACGAGGGGGCGUGGCGGGCGGCGGCGGCGGCGCGGGGCCGCGAGAGGCAAGGGGGCGGCGCGCCCGUGAUGCUGUCGGCGGCGGCGGCGGCGGCGCUGCUGCACCUUGAGCAGGAGGGGCAGCAGCGGCAGCAGCAGCUGCAGCUGCAGCAGCAGCAGCAGCAGCCGCAGCAGCAGCAACAACAGCACCAGCAGCAGGAGCGGCAGUGGGAGGCGCGGGGGCAGCACGAGCAGCGCCCGCCGCCGCUCAACGCCCACGAGCUAGUGCAUAGUGACGCCUCCAGCUUUGGGAUCACGAUCAGCAGCGCGAGCAGCGGCGACGCCCGCGCGCCGCCCAGGCGGCCGCGCGUGUCUCUAUCAGAAGAGGACUGGGACGCAGUCCGUGCGGCCGCGGCGGCGGCGGUCGCGGGGCCGGGCGUAGGAGAGGGGGGCCGGCGCGAAGGCGAGUCGACGUCGGACAGCCGCGGUCGCGUGCGCCUGAUAUCAGAGGCCUUCGAGGCGGCCGCCGCCGCGUCCCGCUCCUCGCCCGGCGUGAGCCGCGGCGGCGGCGGCUCAUUCUCAGGCGCUGCGCUGCCGUCGGCGUCGGGCACGGCGACGCCGCCGCGGCGGCGCUCAGCGAGCGUCGAUGCGGCGGUGCGGCUGUGGAACAGUGUCUCUUCGCAGGGCAGCGAGGAGGGCGUAAGCGAAGCGGCGGCGUCUUCGCAGCCGCCGGCGCCGGACGGCGACCGCGCUGGCGCGGACGCCGAGGCCGCGGGCGCGGCGCGGCGGCGCGGGCGGCGCGGCGGGGGCGGGGGCAGCGUGGAUUGGUCGGCGGAGGCUAGCGCGCCGGCGGGGCUCGAGACCAUAGGCGCCCCCACCGCCGCGCUCGAGGGCGAAGAGCAGGACACAGGCGUUGCAAAUGGCCGCAGCGGCGGCGGGGAGCGGGCUACAGCCGUGUUUGCGGGGGAUGGCAUCGGGGCGGUGGUGGAUCGGCAUGCCAGUGCUUUGGAGUGGGGAGGGUCCCCCGACCAUGGGCGCCGCAGCGCUGUCUCGGACAGCGGCGCCGGCGGCGGCGACGCCCUAGAGGGCGCCCCCCGCCGCCGCGGCUUUGCGCCGGCGGCGGCUGCCGCAGCGGGCGGGGCGGCCGCCGCAGCAGUGCAGACGGGCGCGUUCGGCUUGGUGCGCCGGGCGCCGCGGCACUCUGAGCCUCUGCUUGACGGCAUGGAGCCGCCCGAGCAGGGCUUGUCCCCAGACCGCAGCAGCGGCGACGUGCUGCUGCCCACCGCCGCGCCCCACCGAACGCUGUACCCGGCCGACUCUCUCGACCCCGCCCAAAUCGGGCGUCUCGGUUCGUCGGAAAGCGACCCGCGCCCCCCGGCCGGCUGGGCCCUCGCGAGUAGCCCGCCGCCCCCCGGCGGCGCCGGCCCCGCCGCCCGCGGGAGCCUCUUCUUGGGAGCGACCGACGGUGGCGAGGGCGAGGGCGGCGCCCGCCGCGCGCAGAGCAGCGGCGGCGCGGCACAAGAUGCGGACGCUCAAGGCACGUCUUUGACUGCGGGCGACUCAGCAGCGCCCGCCAACGGCAACGGCAUCGCGCCGGCGUGGCCGCGCGGGGCCGUCAAGGCAGGCGGGGACAAGGCCGCCGGCGCCGGCGAUACCGACGGCGCCAUGUUCGAAAUCGACGGCGACAGCUCCGAGGGCUUCGGCGCCGCGUGCAUCCCCGCGCGCUCCGCCGCCGUCGGCGGCGCCGCCGCCGCAGCCGCGGGCGGCGCCCCCGCGUCCGAGGACGGCGGGUUCAGCACGUUUGACCGGACGGUCAACGUCGUCGCGGUCCCGGGAUCUGGCCUGAUGCUGCCCUCGAGCCUCGAGGGCGUUGGCAACUUGGGCUCUGCCUGGCCGCCGCAGCGCCGCGCCGGCGGCGCGGCGUCGCAGACCGCGCCCUACCUGGCCGCCUCGCCGCCGGCCUGCGCGGCGCCCGCGGCCGCCGCGGGCGGGUCUUCGGGCAACGCGGGGCCGCAGGUUGUGCCGCUGCCAUCCGGUCGCACGCUUGAGCGCGCGGGCAGUGUAAGCGCGGCCACCCAGAUGGAGACCAUCUCUGAGAGUGGCGGCGCCCCCCAGUUCGGCUUCCGCGGCGCCGCCGCCGGCGGCGGCGGCGGCGGCCCGGGCGUCGUGUUCUGCCGCGUCGGUCCCGCGCUGCUGCGCCGCCAGGCCGCACGCGCGGCGGCGGUCGCGCGGCUCGCGUUGUCAGUCCACGACGAGAUCACGGGCGGCCGCCGCCAAUCGUGGCGCCUGAGCGCAGUUGAGGCGGCGCGAAAGGCGCGCGCGUGGCACAAAGCGACGGAGGCGCGCGGCGGCGGCGGUGCCCCCGCGGCGCCCGGCGCCGGCGGGCGCGGGGAGCUGCAGCUGACCGACGCCAUGGAUCUUUUGGGGGACAGCCCCUUUUCCGCGGCCGCUGCCGCCGCCUCGGCGGCCGCUGCGGCGCGCGCUGCAGCCGCCGCGGCCACGGUUCCGGGUGCAGCGGCCGUCGAAGGCUCCCAGGCCGAGACCAGCUCGAGCGGCGCAGCGGAGGGCGCGGGCGCGGCGGUCGGAGCAGAGGCGGCGGCCACGGCGGCGCCGCCGCGGAUGGCUUGCGGCUUGGGGCUGGUGGUGGCGGAGGCGGUGUGGCAGGUGCGGCGGCUGUUGCUGCUGGCGCUCAAGCAGGUGGCGUCCAUGUCCCAGGUGAGGCCCUUGAUUGGAUCUGACGAGCAGUGA